UAAUCCUAUUUUAAUCAGAGAAACCCCAACUCGACUCAAUUGAAACCGGCGAGAUAUGGCUACCGAAGAGGAAUCGAUAGAACAAGCGGCCGCGUCACGUCGAGAGAGGCUUAUGGCUCUUAAAGCAGCUCAGGAGCUUUUGAAUGCCCCAGAUGAAGAUUCUGCUCAAGCUGCUGAAAAUCAAAGGGAUGAAACCAAUGAAGAGGAUAACCCUAGCAUGAAGUUUCGAAAUUAUGUGCCUCAUGAUAAAGAGCUUCAGGAGGGUAAGGUUGCUCCCCCGGUGCUGCCAAAGUUUGAAGGCCCUGUUGCAGCAGCACCUCCAGCAUCCGAAGAAAAAGAGGAUCCAUUUGUCAACAUUGCUCCCAAGAAACCAAACUGGGAUCUUCGAAGGGAUGUGCAGAAGAAGCUGGAUAAGCUUGAAAGGCGCACACAAAAGGCAAUAUUCAAACUUAUGGAGCAGCAAGAACAAGAAGAAGAAAAACAGUCUGAUGGAGGAAAUGCCAUUGAAGAUUAGAACACGAUAUCGAACUCGAAGACAUGUCGAACCACUCCAGUCAUUAACUUACCAAGAUGUCCGUCUCGUGAUGAAGUGAAACAGUUGUAAGGUUACACUUUUGUUGUUUCUUGGCCAGCAAGAAAGAAAGGUUUGGAUCAUUCCGAGACUUGGAUACAAUGCUGUCGUUUACACCCGAGACUAUAUUUGUAACGUAGUUGUAUGAUUCCAUGUUUGCCACAUCUUUUAGUCUUCACCGGAAUUGUUGCAGAAAUCAAUCCCCAAUUUUUGUUUGAGUUAGUUUUGGGGUUGAUCCUGGACUAGUUAGAUAUAAAUGAAUCCCCAAUUUGACCAACUAAAUG